CUCCACUGACAAGGGUGCCGCCAUGUUGAGGAAGCCGCACUCACCGGAAACUCCCCAUCUCUUCUCGUCUCUUCCAUAUCCCUGAGCCUGCAUGAUCACAUACUCCAAGCAAAUUGAACUUUAUGUGAGCUGUAGGCUCCUUUAAGUGAUUUUUGGAAGAGGAAGGACCUGCAUAUGCAUCAGUGAAUCCUGGUAUAGCUCCCAGAAGCUCUUUCAAGCCUGAUUAUGCAUGUAGAUUUGAUAUUUUCCCAUUUUACUCUAUAACACUGGGAUCGACAUUCAUUAGCUCAGAAGGAUCUAGGUUCAGGCGUGCCGGCACGGCAUCAAUAUAAGCCACUGUUGAAAGAUCCAGCACUGUGAACAUGAAUAAGAAAGAGUACCUACCUCCUGUGAUGAAAUUACAGCCUCAGAAGGAGAACAGGUCUUCAGAUGAAACUGCAACCCUGGCUGCCUUCUUGUCCUCCUGGGAGACGGUACAAAGAAGAGGAGAUAGCUAUCAAGAACUGGAGGAGGGAGAAGCAGAAGUAGAAUCAUCAAGUCCCUUGUUAAUCUUCAAGAUUUUCCCUUUGUUAGGAAACUGACUGAAAUUAAAGUCAGCCUCUGUUUUCAGGAUAAUGUUACAAAAUACCUUCCUGAAUGUGACAAAAAAACUUCUCAUGAUGAGCAGCUCAUCUCCCAUUUGAAGGAUACAGUCUUUUCUGAAUAAGUGUGGUAGGGCCAGGGAUUUGAGCACUCAGCCACACGCCACGGAGCCAGGCACAUGGAAAACAGCUGAUUCCACAGAUCCGAGGACUUGGGUUUUGCAAUGGAACAGAUAUGGUUGCUGCUGCUACUAACAACUAGAGUGCUUCCGGGUUCUGCUCAGUUCAAUGGCUACAAUUGUGAUGCCAACCUCCACAGUAGAUUUCCUGCUGAAAGAGACAUCAGUGUCUACUGUGGGGUCCAGGCCAUUACAAUGAAGAUUAAUUUUUGCACAGUUCUUUUCUCCGGGUAUUCUGAAGCAGAUCUGGCCCUGAACGGAAGGCAUGGGGAUUCCCACUGCAGGGGCUUCAUCAAUAACAACACCUUUCCUGCUGUGGUCAUUUUCAUCAUCAAUCUCAGCACCUUGGAGGGCUGUGGAAACAAUUUAGUGGUAUCCACAGUUCCUGGAGUCAGUGCUUAUGGAAAUGCAACUUCAGUACAAAUAGGAAAUAUUUCAGGAUAUAUUGAUACUCCAGACCCACCAACAAUCAUCAGCUAUCUACCUGGGCUUCUUUACAAAUUUAGCUGUAGUUAUCCAUUGGAAUACCUGGUUAAUAAUACCCAACUUGCUUCGUCCUCAGCUGCCAUUUCUGUGAGGGAGAACAAUGGUACAUUUGUCAGCACUUUGAACCUGCUCCUUUAUAAUGACUCGACCUACAAUCAGCAGUUAAUUAUCCCGAGUAUAGGACUACCUUUGAAAACCAAAGUAUUUGCAGCCGUGCAAGCCACUAACCUGGAUGGCAGAUGGAAUGUCUUAAUGGAUUAUUGCUACACGACCCCAUCAGGGAACCCAAAUGAUGAUACUCGAUAUGAUCUCUUCCUUAGCUGUGACAAAGAUCCUCAAACUACCGUCAUUGAAAACGGUAGAAGCCAGCGGGGCCGCUUUUCUUUUGAGGUGUUCCGAUUUGUGAAGCACAAGAAUCAGAAGAUGUCUACUGUCUUCCUGCACUGUGUCACCAAGCUCUGCAGAGCUGAUGACUGUCCCUUCCUCAUGCCAGCUUGUGGCCACAGAGAAAGGCGAGAUGUGGGGAGGAGGACCACUCUGAGUCCCCAGAGGGCUUCUGGAAACGCCGUUCUCUCUGCGGGUCCCAUCAUUACUUGGAGUGAUGAGACGCCAACCAACAAUUCACAGCUUGGUUCUGCGAAUGAACCUCCCUUUCAGCUGAAUGCUGUCACGAGUGCCCUGAUUUCAGGAGUGGUCAUUCUGGGAGUCAUGAGCUUUGCCCUGCUUCUGUGCUCACUGGCCCUGUUACAUCGGAGGGCGCCCGCCAGCUUGGUGUUGAAUGGCAUACGAAACCCAGUCUUUGACUGACUCUCACAGGCCCCUGCUCUCCAGAGAGGGCUUCACUGACGCUACAGUGUGUGACU